AUGGAUGGGAUCAUGGGGAAGGAGCGGGCGGAGGAGGCUGUCAAGCGAUCCCUUAGGCGGACGGCCGAGACGCACAAGCACAAGCACAAGCACGAAGCACAAGCAGCCCUGGGGCACACACAGACGAUGGCUGGAAAGCGAAAGCUUCCCCUUACAGGCUGUGUGGAACAGAACCUACCUGAGAUCCGGGCCUGUCUACAGCAGCAGACGACGGCGCCGCUAUUGGAUCCUCCCCCCUGGGAGCCGGUGACGUGGAGUGCAAUCGACCGACGUGAACCAGUUGUUGGAAGCGCCAUGGAGGCGAUUCUGCAGCUAGCGGCGAUGGGAUAUUACCUUGGCUGCAACAGGGUUCCCUCCUGCAGGCGCGGCGGCGGGCGAUGGGGACCGUUGGACCAGGGGGAGACGGGGAGCUAG